AUGGCUUCAGGUGGAGCAGAAGAGGGCGAUGGAGGGAUCCCUCUGGAUAUUGACAAUGUGCACAUGCUCCUCCAAGUGGAGCAUGAUCAGAUUCAGAAAAGAACAUUCACCAACUGGAUAAAUGCUCAACUUGCUAAGGGAUGCCCGCCCUCAUUCGUGUCAGACCUGUUUUCUGAUCUCAGAGAUGGGUCAAAGCUGCUCGACCUGCUGGAGGUGAUGAGCGGCCAGAUGAUGAAAAGACAAAAGGGUCAUGGGGUUUUCCAGCAGAGGGCCAAUAUUGAGACAGCACUAAAAUUUCUCAAGAAAAAAAAUGUCAAACUGGUGAACAUAAACAUCCCAGAUAUCAUAGAUGGGCGGCCAUCCAUCAUCCUAGGCCUUGUAUGGACCAUCAUUCUCCACUGCCAUAUUGAGGAGCUGGCCAGUGCUCUCUCCUUCAGCUCGCGUCAUUCCUCCCUCGACUCUCUGUCCAGCCUCGACUCUUGGUCUGGCAGCCCCGUUCCAGCUAGUCCAGUCCCUGCAGGUCGGACAUCACCUCUUCACAGACGUUUCCGCAUGUCUGCUAAGAAGGUCCUGCUCAUGUGGGUCAGGGACCAGUGUAAAAAGGUUCAUUGCUCUGUCAAUGUGAAGGACUUCAAGUCAAGCUGGAGAAGUGGAGAAGUCUUCCUGGCCAUCCUGUGUUCUCUCAGGCCUCAGUUAGUUGAUCUCUCACUGGUCCAAUCCAGAAGCAACCAGGAGAACCUGGAAGAAGCGUUUCAUCUUGCUGAGCAAGAGCUCCACAUACCCCGCCUGCUGGAGCCCCAGGAUGUUGAUGUUAGCGACCCCGACGAAAAGUCUAUCAUGACGUAUGUGGCCCAGUUUCUACAAUACUCCAGUGACAUGCCAGCACCCGACGACCACCUGCAGGUUUCUCCAUGUGAACGAGCACAACACGUGACAUGCUGGCUGCAGCAAGCCGAUCAGGAACUAUCAGAUGCAUGGAAGGCUGCAGAGAACUCAAGUUAUGCAGAAAAAUAUCAGGUGCUUCAGAGCUUCACUGGCUCCUUCACUGAGCAAAGGAGGGCAGUGAUGAACCUCCUAGCUGCCCUACGCCGCCGCCCUGAGCUGAAUCAGCAGCAGUGUACUCUCAAGACAGCGUGGGAUCAUCUGGAGGAAGAGCUGCAGAGGUGUAAAGCAGACUUGGACCUGAGUCUUCCUCCUCCUCUGGACUCUGUUGCUGCGUGGCUGAAACAUGCAGAGGCAGGACUGGCAGAAGACACAGGGAGUGUGAAAGAUCAUGCAGAUGCUGCUAAAGAAGCAAGAGCUCAACAGGAUAUCCUAAAGAUUUUAAAUAAAGAAAUGAGCUAUUAUGUCAAAAUCGUGGAGACUUACCACAACAUGGACGUCUCUGGGAACGUCGUGGUGCCCCCUGAAAAGUUUGAUGAGAUAAGAAAACGUUUAACCAACAUUCGCGUGUCAGCCAAGUAUCACGGGAUCAGGUUGGAGUACCAAGAAUCCCGUCACACUGUCCUGGACCUCCUGAGCCAGAUCAGUGCCAAGGUCCAAUCCUGGAAAGCUCCCUGCAGGUCUCAGGAGUCCAUCCACGUUCUUCUCCAGGACUGGCAUGAAACAAUUGAGCAUCAAGACCUGCUUUUCCUUCUGACAAAUGCUUUCCAAACCCUGAAAGAGAAGGCAAAUGUUUAUACCAGCAAAGCAGCGCUAAGUGAAAAUUUCCAGCUCGUUAAUCAUCAGGUGAAGGAAGCAGAGCGUGAAGUUGAAACGGUCAGACAGGCUGUGACAGCUGCUCGAGGUACCAUGGAGAGAGUUGUGUCUGCGUGGGAAACGUACAGCAAGAGCCUCGCUUCUCUACAGGCAUGGCUGGCACAGGAGAAACAUUUUCAGGCUCAGACUCCAGCUGCAGCACAGGAUAUUAGUGAGUGGGCUUCAUGUCAAGCUCAGUUAAACGAGGCGGGAAACUUUCUCAUAGACGUGACGGAAAGUUCAACCAGCCUCAGUCUGGCUGAGCAGUUAAGCAAGGUCAACAUGCAGUGGGCUGAAUAUGUGAAGAAAGCUAUGUUUGAAGUAUCAUCAGAUCCCUGUGCUGGUGCAUCAUGUCUUCAAAUGGUGCAUUCACUUACCCAGGAGGCCAGCUUACUCCUCAGACAGCCACUCGAGGUGGCCUCAGUCCCACUGAAGGCUAUCAGACGGAAAUUACAGUUACUGAGUAAAAAGAUGGCAGAAGUGAACGUGUCAUCUCUCAGCUCUUUGCCAGACUUUCAAACAAGUCACUUAGAAAAACUCCAGAAAACUCUCCCGCAGAUGCUUGUUGAAGCAGCGGGGGCCUGUGGGGAGCUGCAGCAGGCUGCAUCCAGGCUGGAAGGUGGACUGGCUGAGUUGGAUCGUUUGAGCACCGAUGCCCUGGACUCUUACACUCACCAAAAGCAAAAAAGUCACAGAGGACACUCUACAUUAGUACCUACAACAAAAGGGCUAAUCUCUCGAGGCUUGCAGCUGGCAAACUGGGUUAAAACUGAAGAGAUGGAUCUUCAGAGCCUUGUUGCAAGACUACAGAAAACCUCUCCUCUGCAGCACCUCAGCACCUCCACCUUGAAGGACAGAAUCACAGAGGCCGUCUCCCGCUGUCAGGAGAUUCUUGGGAUGCUUAGUUCUCUUGGGUUGAAGCAGGAAGCUGGUGAAUUUCCUGAGAAUCAACCACCUUUUAAAACAAUCUUUGAGACACACAAACAGUCAGAGAUGGGGUUAUUAGUUGUGGCCAGAACCAAACAUGUCGACAACACUGGGAACAUCAUGCCCCAAUCUCAGCACACGGAUCAGCUUUCAGCUCACACUCCUCAACAAAGGACAAGAGAUCCCCAGGGAAAAGUACAUGAAGAAAAAUAUAUUAUUACAUCCAACAUAGUAGCCAAUAGCUCGUCAGCAACUCCUCUUGUUCCAACUGCAAAAGAAGCUGAAUCAGAGUUUUUGAUUCAGCCUCAGUCAUUUUCUAAAUUGCCUGCUCUAGCUUCAGGUUUCGGUCAAAACGAUCUGCGGCCACCUGCUACAACUCAAACUCCUGUCAGGGUAAAGUGUUCAGAGAUACCAGUUCUCUCUAAACAUGGAGCGAGUUCAUUCUUACAAUUUCAAACCAAGACUGCAGGACCCAGUUCUGUACAGAGCAAUAAACCUCCACAACCACCAGUCGUGGUCCACAGUGAAGUCCAUUCAAGAGCCCAGUCAAUGGCAAGGAGCAGGCUGGAGAAGGCCAGGUUUCGUCUGCAGGGACGCAUCCAGCAAGCCAUGAAGUUAUUUGGUGGCAAAGAGAUUUCAGAGUCUGAAGCCAAGAAGAAACAGAAAGCUUUAAAAAUUCUGCAACCUGCCAUGCUCGAAGAGUUCCUCUGUGCGGUGGAAGGUUUUGGGGCCUUCUGCUCUGGGCCCCAGCUCCAGGACUUGAUGCUCCUCUCUGACUCAGUCAGAAAACAGUGGGAGGAUGUAUGCAGAGAAAUGGCUGCCUUUAUUCCCAUCUUGUGGUCAGAGAUCAGAGAAGGGAAGCAGUCAUUUUCUGUCGUGCGGUGUGAAAUGCAUACUAACGCUUUCAGUGAAGCUACUGCACAGACUGACCGUGAUUCUUUGCAGCAGCAGUUUCUCAGGAGCUCAUAUUUCUCCCAGGCCGUCACUGAGGGAGCUGCAUCUAUUGAGGAACGUGCUGAAUCCCUCAGGGAGCUGUGUGAAACACUGACGCCAAAGAAAUCCUCCUGCCUUGCAACAGACCAGCUGAGGGAGUCAGAUGAAGUAGAGGAAACACAACCCAGUGACACUGCAAUCCCAGCUGACAGGGGAGGGCAGCCUGGGGGAGACGCCCCACUGAGUGCGACUGAUGUGUCGGCCGACACACAGCCGAGUAACAAUCUCCUGCAGAAACAAAGCGGUGAUGGCCCACAUGAAGACCGCUCAUCUGUUUGUUAUGCCGUGCCAGUCCAGCCUCAUGGUGAUAUCCUCAAACCGAGAGUUCAGGACGUCCCAUCUGACAAGAAAACAGACAGCGGGUCAGAACAGAAUCCAAAGCCUUCACUUCGAGCCAAAGAGCAGCUGCUGAAAGCCCGUCUACUGCACAUCGCAGAGAGCAGUCAACAAACCCAAACUCAUACACAGGCUGUUGUCAGGAGCAACACAGUGGAGACCAAACAGGAAGCAGAGCGGACCGUGAUCCCAGAGUCGGCUGCCGGAGCUCAAGGAGAGCAUCCCUCUGAACAGGAAGUGCAGGAAAGAAUGGCGUCUCUGGAGAAUAUUGCUGACCUGAUGAAGUCUGCAGAUGAUCAGAAGACACUGAUCACGCAAAAACUGAACAAGCUCAUCGGAGAGUCUGUGGAUAUCUCCUCUUUGACUUUGGAUGAGUCGACAUUAUUACCUGAUUUAAAGGAGAUGGACAGCAGACUGCAGGCUGGAAUGAAAAAGCUAUCAGAAAAAGGCAUCAAAGAGGAAAGACAGGGCCCGGAAGCCGCAUCCUCCCCAUCCUUCGGCAGGGGCCUCCAAAAUAGCUUCCAUCAUUUUGAGCAGCUCAGACAGCAACUGGAGAAACUUCAGUCAGCUGUCUGGGCUCUGGACUGCUUCCUGGCCACAGUGAGAGAAGUCAAGACUGAGAUCCAAACUGUGUUGGCAAGCCAGCACCUGAGCAGGCAGAAACAGCAGGCAGGCUGGGAGCAGGACAGCCAUUCUUUGCGGGCAGUAAUGCAGAGGUUGCAGGCUGCUACUGUGCAAUCUGAUUCUGUGGACAGCAGUUUAAAGGCAGUGGGGAUGACUCUGACUAUGGAUGGUGCACCUGUAACAUGUCAGGAUGUGGUUAAAUCGGUCACAGAGCAUGUUGUGGAGAUAGAAAAACAGGACAUACAGGAACAUGAGGAAUUGAAAACUGUGGCGAUAUGGCAGACAAAGUCUGGCAAUGCUUCCCUACAGCAACAGGAGGUGCAAGAAGAUCCCUCUGCAAGUGAGGCAAAUGAGGAGUCAGGUUUGGAGGCCAAAAGGUGUAAGCUGGAAGGAGAGAAUGAGACAAAGACCCAAAGGGAGGAAGAGCACACGACUCAAACAUGGAGACUUGGAGAAGAUGUCGCAGAAACUACGGACCAGAGACAAAGAAGAAAAAGCAGCCUGGUUAAGAAACAGGGAGAAAAGAAGGAGAGCUUGGUCCAGAGGAGAGCAGCCUUGUUAGCAACACUGAUGGAGACAAAGAAAGAAGCGGAGCAGCUGAACCUGCAGGAGCCCACUCUGCCUGCUCUUCAACAGAGGAUACGUGCCUUGACAGAGUUGGAAAGUCGUCUCGCUGACCUGCUCUCUGAAGUGCAGUACAUACAAGGUGCAUUGUCACAGUCAGGAACCCCCGAUCAGAGUCAGACCAGAGAGGUGGACGAUCUCUGGGAGGAGACAUCAAGAGCUGUAACUGAAAGGCUGGAGCAGUGUGGUGUCCUAACAGAGCUGCUGAAGAGGUUUCAGAGCAUUCGUGGUGAGCUGAGUGUGACACUGCAGAGAGCAGAAAGCACUAUCAGCGAACAGGCCUCCUACAUGGGGAAAGAUAAGCUGCAGAGACUAUACACUAAAGUCCAGGAAACAAAAGCAGAGCUGAAUGGCCUUGGAGAUGGUAUAGAGGAGGUCCGCAGUGUCUGCAGACAGAUUCACACUCACUCACGUCAGAUACCAGAAUGCACCUUCACACCAUUUGAGAGUGAAGCUGAUGCUCUCAUGGAUCGCUGGCUGGAUUUAUCAGAAAGAACAGAUUCCUGUCUUGAAAAUGUACAUCUAGCCUUGUCUCUGUGGGACGGAGUCCUUCAGCUGGGGACAGAAGUGGAGCACUGGACCAGCGAUAAAGUAGCAGUGUUUGCUCAGUGCCCGUCCUUUCGGUCUGAAGAUGACAUCAAAGCACUGCAGAAUGAGACUGUGAUUCAAGAAGAGCGUAUACAGCAUUUCCACCGAAGAGCCACUGAGAUUCAGACACUGCUUCAAAGCACAGAGUCCCCUCUGGAGCUCCAGGUGGUAGAAACCCAGAUGCGGAAGAAGCUAGAGGAGCUGAAGGAGCUCAUUUCUGAAGCUGAGGAUGUUUACAAGCAGAUGGUGAUUACUAAAGGACAAAUAACUGGGAGGAUGGGCGAGUGUUUCAACUCCCUGCAGAAGAUUCAAGACUCCCUCCUCACUCUUAGUGGUCCAGAUGUUGCGACAGUCCUUGGAAAACUUAAGGAGCUGUGUCGGCAGCUCCAGUCCCAGGACGAGCAGGCGGAGAGCCUGUUGGAGGAUGUGCAUGUUAUGGCCUCUAUUACGUGCCCAGAGAGCCUACAGAGUCUAUCUGUGGAAGGGAUCCAGCUACAGGAAAAAGUCAGAAACACCCAUCAGCUCUUCUCUGAAGUAGAAGAACAGACUGAGAGGAAUAUUCGUGAUCUGGACCGGCUGCAAACAGAGAAGGAGCAUCUGGAGCAGUGGCUUCAUGCUGCUGAGGAAAAAGCAGCAAAGGGGGAGAAUCUGAGUCUUCUGCAAGAAGAAGCACUUCAGCAAAGGGUGAGGACAGAGCUCCUCAGUCAGCUUGUGUCAUCUUUACAAAGCAGCAACCUUCAGCAGUUGGCGGUGCUGGAGGACAGUAAAAAACUGCUGGAACAAUACCACAACUUCUACACUAACAUACCGGGUGACUCUAAGGACACGCGGUCCUCUCUGAGGGAGGACAUUGAGGUGUUUCGGGCUUUGUCCAAGUCCGCACAAUCAUGGAUCAGAGAUUUGAGACAAGCUGUUGACUCUGCACUUGUUGAAAGCCCCGGGAUUCAGACUCCUUUAGAGCAAAAACUUCACUGUGCUCAAGCAGUGUUAAAUGCCACAUUCGAGGGGGAAGCUCGCUUGGAAGAGCUCAGAGUUACUGGAGAUGAUCUGUGUCGCAGAGCAUUGAAUCAAGAUGACCUGAAACAGGAAGUUCAGGAAACUGUUCAGAGAGCAGAGGAGCAGUGGAGAGGAACUUUGCAGUCAGUUGAACCCUAUUACAGUGCUCUAAAAGCUGAUCCAGAGGUCACUUCUUUGUACCUGGCCCAAAGGCGGGAGGCUUGCUGUAAAGUGGAAGAGCUGCAGCACCAAACAGAUCAGCUUCCCACUUUCUUUCCUUGGCCUGGCACAGCUGAGCGUAAACAAGCCUACCGUCUUGCCCAUCAACUACAGGAGGAAAUCGAAUCCUUGCAAUUAACCCUUACCAGCAUGUCUGAGAGGAGACAUGAGCUGACUGAGCAAACCAGCAACAGCAUCUGGAAGGAUUCCUCCUGGGCUGAGCUCGACACCCGCUGCCCAGCACUGAUGGCAGAGCUGAAGGAUGUGUGCUUCCGGCUCGAGGAAGGUGCGAGUAAUGAGGAACAUUUUGGCCAGUUACUGCAGCACUGUUACCACAAAUUGACGUCCCUGCAGGAAAGAAUGUCAGCCUGUCAAGCCCAGAAAGAAAUCUCAGCUGGAGCAAACACUGAUGUUGUGGCUCUGGAGGCUUUGCUACAAGAAGUAACAGACAUUGAAAAAGACCUUUUACAACUUGCGUCUCUUAAGGACUCCAUCAAAGUCAGUUCCAUAGCUGAGGCCCAAGCAAGCCUGACCCAGCAAGUCAGCAACCUCCAAAACCACAAGAGGGCACUAGAGAGUAGCAUCAGAGAGACUCUAGCACAGCUCAAAGUGAACAGGGAUGGAAGCAUUCAGCAAGUUAUAGAAGAAGCUUCCUAUGUACAGACAGCCCUUAAAGACCUGGCUGAAGGUGUGAAGAGUCUGUUUGGCAUCAGCGAAGCUUUGCCUGAUAUCAGCCAGCUGAAACAACAGUGGUGUACGAUACAGGACUGUGGUAGCAGGUUGACAGCGUUGGCAGCAAGAGCUGAAGAGCUGCAGAGGACCAGAGAGUCGAGCAGCACACAGGAAACUCUUCCUGCAGACAUCAUUUUGACUGUCAGUGCCAUGUUUGGAGACCUUGGCAGCCUCAGGUCCAUUUUUUUGCAAAAGAAGCAGCAUUGUGCAGAAAACACUGCAAACAGAGUGAGAGAGACCAUCAGCCAGCUGCAAGAGUGGAGCCAAAGAAUACAAGCUGAACCAUCAACACACAGCCAGGAAACUCUGGAUGAAGGUUUGCAGCUUCAACAAGCACUUUAUAAAGUUCUCUCAGAACAAAACUUUCUUUUUAAUUGCCUGGGAACAAGCGUGGCUCAGAAAUUGGAGAAAAGUGCUUCAGCCACGCUCACUGAAAGCCAGUCUGCACGUGAUUCCAUAUCUAAACACCUGGCCAUUCCUGUUUGUGGCAGUGCACACCUGGAAAACAAAGAUUUGCCAAGCAGAAGUGAACAAGAAAGUGGAGUACCUCAUUCAGCUUCUAAUGGAAAAACUCUAGCCAAAACUCUGGGUCUUACGGCUUCUCCUUUCUCUUGUGCAACAGACAGCCAGGAAAACUCAGGCAGUGAUCAGAAUGACAACAAAAUUAAAACCAAGGGCACUGAACCUCCUGCAGAAACAUCAGGAGGUUUGAAUGUGGAAGCCGAUGCCAUAAAACAAGACCAAGCAGGGGUGGUAAAAACUAAAGUUGAUGUCUUAGCCCAGAUUCAGGUUGCAUGCUCAGAAACUCCAGUUGUUUUAAAGACCCAGAUAGACCCUCACCAGUUAACACCACAGGAAGUACUCUUGAAGUCUUAUCUUGGGCCAAAAGAUAAUAGCGUCCGCUUGUACACUGAUUCCAGUUCUCAAAGCAGCAUUUCUGAGAAUGACACAGGGCCAUUAGUAUCAGAUUCACAUCCUAACCUCAACAAGAACUUAAUAGCUCAGGAAGAAAACACACCAUUGCAGAAUGACAUCACCUUAACCUUACUCUCAAAAUUGUCAGCUGUAGGUGCAGACAAUACUAAAGCCAUUGAUUCAGCACACUGUGUCCCAUCCUUGAUAGAAUUACCACCAACAAAGCCAGACAGCUUACCCAUUACUGACCCCAAAAGUGUGUCUGAACAUCUAGAAGUGCAGUUAGAGACAUUUGAGGCAAAUACAAAUGCUCAGAAGAACCACUGUAAACACAGUGGUGUGACCACAAAGAAAGUGUUCACAGUUGUAUUGGACGUGGACCCACAGGACAUGUGGCGAAAGGAAAAUUCUUCUACAGAAUUCCCAGAGAUAAAAACUGGACUUUUUAUGACAUCAAAGAGUCAGGAGUCAGACAAAGACAUGCAACACUGCAGUUUAGCUGCACAUCAAUCAGAGACAUCUAAGGCGAUCACCAGUGUGCGAGAAAAAGAGUUUUUCGGCGAGGACGUCAGUGUAGACAUGCAGAAACGUGAAAAUGCUAACGCCAGCAGCCCAGAUACACCCAGAUAUUCACAGGAUGCAGAGUUUUCUACCGCAAGGCCUACAGAGGUUUCCAGCAGAGUAUUUCCUGAAAAUAAAUCGGGACUCUUUACCACUUCAAUCAGUCCCGAAUCAGAUGAAAUCGACUUUCAAAACCAUUAUGAGAGUCCUGAAUCAAGCCCCUCAGUGUUAGUGAAUACAGUUUGGGAGAAAGUAAAUUGUGUAAGUGCCAAAUUGCCAUGCAAAGAAAACCACAAAGCCCAUGGUUUAAAGCAUAAUGAGGUGUUGAAAUCCUCCAAAUCAUGUUUCCCUGGUGCUGAAUGUCAGCUCGCUGGUGCACGUGCAGCAGAAACAACAUUUCCAGAUGUCAAACCAAAGGAGACAACAGAUUUCUGUGACUCUGGGGAGCGAACAGUGAGCACAGCGGAGGAUUUACUGGAAAGUGGGGAGGCCUUAAAUGACACACAGAUAUCUGCUACUGGCAAAAAACAAGUGACUCCUGAUAACACUGUUUGCAGCGCAGACACAGCAUGUGAGGAGGUGCCAAAAGGAGAAAACACAGAGGAAGCAAAUGACUUGGAAAGCACAGAAUGCAAAGGUUCAGAAGUGCCGGAAAGACGAGACAUUGCUUUGCUGCCAAAAGGCAGAAGUGAGAGGAAGUUACCUGCAGCACUAGAAGACAUGGGAGUAACACAGACACAGCCUCAGAUCCCAGAAAGCAUGGAGCCUGAGAGGACAGCACUGGGUUCAGCCGCUGAUCUGGGUUCUAAAGAGGUGCCAGCUGGUUCAGGAGACUCCUGCAAACACAGGUCCACCAUGUGGGAGAUUUUAUCUGAGAUCCAGAAUGUGGUGGAAAGAAGUAAUAUCAUAAAUAGAACAUCCCACACUGAUUUAAACUGGUACCUGAGGUCCUCUCCUGGAGAACCAGAGAUUCAGUUGGUACGAACUGUUCAAAAAAUUCUGGCAUGUCGAUAUCAACCAGCACGACUCAGUGUCACGGCUAUGGCCAAGCAACUGGAAGAGGCAAAGGAGUACCAGCACGCUGUGCAGGAACAAGUUGGUACUUUGAAAAACUCGAGUGCUGAUAGGUUUUGUGAACCAAGCGACUUAAAAAGUGCUGAAGACCAGUGGAGUGCAGCACUGCUAGAUGCCUCUGCCACAGUGCAGGUCAAAGCAGCCCAACUGGAUCAGGUCAAACAGUACCACAGACAGAUGAAGAUCACCAGAGCUUUCCUGGAGGUUGUAGCUGCUGAGAAGGGGAAAAUGAGCUUAAAUACUUUGGGAAGCAGUGCUCUACAAGCUGAAAAACUCCAUGUGCUGCUGCACACCAUGGAACAAAAAAAAGAUAUGAUGGAAGAUUUGCUCCGCUUAAGUAGCCGGUUGUCAGUACACUUGAGUGACGCUGAAAGUUCAGGUGCUCUUCUUGCUCAGCUUGGAGAUGUUCAGGAAGAAUGGCGGCUUUUAAAAGGAAGUCUCAAUAGAGCUCUGCGGCAUGCCUCAAACUCCACCUGUCAAUCCUCACUUUUUUUGAAAGAGGCUGAACAGCUGAAAGCCAAACUCGAAGCUCUCCAGAAAUUCGACUGUCAAAACUUUGACAGCAAAUGUUCUUUAGAAUUUGUUUGUCUGACCACAGAUCUGAAACUGUACAACCAACUUUACCUACAUUUACAGUCCCAGUCAGAUGCUCUCAUCAAUUUUUCUCUGGGUCAGAAGGAGAACGAUGAAAUCAAGAGUAGUCUUCAGGGAUUGUCAUCCUUGCUCAGUGUCACCAAAAAGAAACUUGAUUCUGUGACGUUUAGCUCUGGCGACAGUUCUUCAACUAAGAUCAACAACCAGCUUCGGGAGCUGAUUGUAUGGGCCAAGCAGGCUGAAAAUCAUAUCUCCAUUGGGAAAAAGUUGGCUCUUUUCCCAGAGGAGGCUCGUAUUCAGAUUGUCGAAAUGAAGAAAUUUCAGACUGAUAUUUUGUCUAGACAAUCCAGGAUGAGAGUACAAGUUGAAGAGAUGAAAGAGUUAGCCUCUAAUAUGGAAAAUGAAGAAGUGUUGAAGACAGUAGAGGACCUUUAUGAAGCCAUUGCUGACAGCUUGGAUCUUGUUCUCGACACCAUGAAAAAAGAUCUUCAAGAGAGAGAGAAACUGUUAUGUGCGCUUGCUAGCAUGGAUGCCUGUUUAGCAGAAACACAUGCUAAAAGAGACCCCUGCACCCAUGUUCACAAUGUUUCAAAAGCAGACCUCAGAAAGCUGGAGAGUGACCUGAAAAGUCAUCAAUUAGCCACAGCGGAGAUAGAGAGCCAGUUAAAACUGGUGGAAGAAAUGUCAGAAAGUUGCAGGAAAAUAGCCACAGGGUUGAGUCCAGCAGAGAGCCGCUAUCUUGUCAACAGACUUUCAGGCCUCUGGACAGAAUUAGAUGGAUUGCUAGCUCAUGAGAAAGCCACUAGCUGCGAAUUAGAGGAGCUGAUUCAUGAGCGCACCGCUUCAGAUCGGGAGUUAUCUACCAUUCAGGCUAGCUUAAAGCAAAUUUCUGCUGAUCUGGAGCAGCUGAAGUUCCCUUUGACUCAAGAAACCCUUUCAGUGAUUGCACAAUGGAAACACAUGCUAAUGGAGCAUCAGUGUCAAGCACAGGAGCUGCAGCAUUGCCUGGAGGCAAAGCGAAACUCCCUGCUGUGUUGUAUUGGGGAAGUGCAAGACAGGUUCAAGGCACUUAGCAUAAAUGUUUUCGAACAAGAAAAAUAUCUGAAGCUGAGGACACAAAUGGAGGAAUCUAGAGACAUUGUCAAAGGGCAAAUACAGGAUGCCAAAAACAAAGCAGUCAGUUUGGAUGAGAGGUUUAGACUAUGCCAAACAGUCCUGGUUGAGCUUCCUUUAGUCAAGACACAAUGUCAAGAAGCAGCAGACCAACUGGAAGUUAUAGCUCAGGAGUUGGACCCAUCUGUGCUUAAUUCAGAGAGAGAGAGGAUCCAUCAUACUGUCGAAACUUUGCUCUCUUGGGAGCAUCGUGUCACAGAUGAUAUCAAAAACCUAGAAGCUGAGUUUCUGACAGGUCUACGGUUUAACUCGGAGCUUCCUGCCUGUGUGGCGCUCUUAGAAAGCACAAGAGUGGAGCUGGAAGGAGCCAAACCAGUCAGUCCAGAUGAAGCAGCCAUAGAUAUUGCGCUACAACGAUAUUGGGUCAUUUGGAGAAAUAUGGAGUCUGGGAUACGGAUGUUGGAAAAUCUGGGACAGAAAGAAAAACUUGACCUGAGAAACUACAAGGAGCUGUAUUCCCUUAGGGAUUCAGCCUUGCAAGAAUUCCACUCACAGAUGGUCACUUUAUCACAAGCGCGAGAAUCCUUGAAAGAUUAUCACUGGGCUGCUCAAGGAGCAAUAAGCUUCCUACAUAAUGCGGAGGCAACCUUCUUAUCAGCUCCUGGAGGAUUUUUAGAUUGUGCUGAGGAACAAAAACAGACCAAAGAGGCUUUAGAAGCUCUUGAAGAAGGUUUUCAGGCUCAUAUUUGCCACUUUGUCGAACGGGUACCUCAACAACCUUGCCUAUCCCGCUCAAACACUGAGCAGCUACACAUCAACAUCCUCAGCCAGUUACUGGUUGGAAGAGCCGUACUGGAGGCCCAGGCACAGCUCAGGCUUGAAUCCUUGCAGAGGUGUGAAUUGACACAGCAAAGUCACAAAAAGUGCCAUGAAGACAUCUGUCAGCAUCUUUCACAGUUUGAGGACAGGCUUUCACAAUGUGCUGCAGAACAUGUGACAUCAUACGACAAAUGUGUUGCCCAACAGAGAAGAGCUCAGCUUCUCGUGGAAGAUCUUCACAGUCUCGCUGGGAGGAUAGAUGACCUGAGAGCUGGUUGUCCAAUGCAGGGUUGUGGGGUUGGGAAGGAUGGUGAGGUUGGUGCCUUCUGGAGGUGCUGGGUAUCAUUACGUCGUGGCGUUGGCCUCCUGAUGGCACGCACAGAGCAGAGAGGAGAGGAGUGGAAGGACAUUACUACAAGUAUGGAGAAGUGCUGCAGCAGUUUGGCCAGUCUUCAGACAGAGGUUCGAGACUCCGCUACUGUGAACUUCACUUGGGAGGAACCGCAGGAGCUUCUUGCCCUGGCUGAGAUGCAUCAGACAGGCUUGGAGCAGGAGCAGCAGGCCUUGGCCUCCCUGGAGCAUCGACUGGAGCACGCCCUGAGCUUAUCAAGUUCCCAGGAUUUCAUCACCCCAGGGCCUAUUGGCAAAAUGCUGGUGAAGAUCCAAGAUAAUGUCAGGAGCUUACAAGAACAGAACCUGCUGGUUGUAGCUGCAGCCCAGGCUGAGGAGAAUGAGAGACAGCAAGUUCAAGAACAGAUAGGAGAGAUUCAGAAACGUGUGCUGGUCAUUCUUCCGGCACUGGAAGUAUGUUUGAAUCCAAGCGAAAGACAGGAGCUCCGAAAGGAGUUGUCCUCCCAGAAGACCAAGCUUAAGUGCAUCAUGGACAGCGCACAGAGCCGAUACGCAAAGGCUCCUGCUGAUAUAGGCAAGCAAAUACAGGAUCUUCAGGUGUCUCUGCAGAGAGCAGAAGAGAAGAUCAUAGAGAACAGCCUAGUUAAGAAGCUGGCAAGCAGAGUGCUGGAGUUGGGUUCUGGCAUGGAAAAGGUGAAAGCACUACUGGAGCAAAGAAGUCCAACAGUCGGUGAAGCUCAAAAUGUCCUGAAGCACGUGUGGGAUGAGCUGGACGCCUGGCACAGCAGCUUGAUGCUCCUGGAGAGCGAGGUGCAAGAUCUUGCAGAAGAGCAGCCGGAUCAAGCGCAGCUUCUCAUUGACCAGCUCACACAACCACAGCAGCUCUACCAAGAUGCAGCACAGAUGGUUGAGCAACGCACCACCUUUCUCAGCAAGAUCCCAAAGUGUCUUCAGGAGUUAGAAGAUAUUUUGUGCAGCGCCACCCGCUGGUUAGAUGAAGCCCAGUCAUGGCUCACUGCUCCCUGCUCAUUCACAACAACAAAAAGCCUCCAGAAUCAUGCAAAGUCCCUGCAGUUGGUCCUGGAUGACUCUGAGAUGAUUAGGCACAACCUGCAGGCCUUCAGGUCAGUGCUGGCUGAAAUCUCUGCUGUGUGUGACAUCACUACCCAGGAGGAAAGGCUGGAGCAGAACGACCAACAAGUCCUCAAAAUGCAAGGCAGCAUCCUCGAGCCGCUGGAGCAACUCCUGCAGGCUGUUGCAAUGGUGGAGGGAUUGGAAGCUGAGCUGAAGACUGUAGAGAAAAAUGUGCCGAAAAUCAGAACAAUUUUAUCCUCCAUAGACGACUGCAACAUAACCCUGACAGAGCAUCUGCACAACAGACAGGUGAUCCUGGCUAAUGUGCAUUCAAUGCGGAGGACGCUAGAGGAGAUAGAGAGAUGCAAAGGAGAGCUUCACAUCCCACUAGGGGCAGAAGAAGGCCUUCAGGUCCACUCCAGAGGCAAACUGCUCCUGCAGUCACUCGAGGAGCUGGAACUUCAAACCAGGCAGCAAACCUCUCUGCUUGAGGACAAGAUAAGAGCGGAGGAAGAAGCAGGCAUGAGUCUUGGCAUCACUGCAGUCUCUCAGGAGAUGGACAGAUCUCUGCAAAGACACCUGGUCCAGCAGGGGGCUUUUGAGGUGUUUUAUUCAGAGGAAGAGGAGGAUGAGGAUGACAGGAGUUGUCACUCGUCAUCCUCUGACACACUAACAAGCAGUAUUCCAGAGGACCCGGAGGAGACACUCACACUUUCAGAUGUGCAGGAGGAGGGUAUGGCAGAACAUAAGCUGCUGUCAGAUAUUAAGGAUCUAGAGGAUCCUCAGUCUUCUUCCGGAGAUGCAGAAAAUUCUGAGUCAGAUGUCAACCUUGGAUCUAAAUGUGUUGAAACUGGAAUAAUAACACCUGACUCUACAGCUGAUUUUGACAAAGUGCUUAGUCCUGGAUCUGUGACCGCUCAGUCACGAAACACCGCAACCAUCCCUGCAGCCGAAGGCCAGUUUAAAGCUGCUGUUGUGGACCAGCACAGGUCACCAAAACAUGAAGCCUUUGAUGCUGAUGCUCGCACAAAGACCCCUCAGGUGGCAGCUGCAGUGGGAGACACGAGGCUGAUUCCUUCAAGACCUAUAACUCCAUUUACUGCUCGAGGAACAUCAGAUGAUCUCAUAGAUGAGGAAGAGGACGAUCCAUUGCUGUCCACAGCUCCCAAUCCAAAUUUGGAUGUUUUUAAUAGACUGAAAGAGCAAACUGAAGUCAGCACCAGAUGUUUGUUGGAAGGAUCCCAGCAGUUUCCUGAAGAGCCAAUCAGCUUGGCUGGACACGAAAAUGUUAACCACGAGCGCCAAAGGUGGAGCCACCUUCAUUCCAAGAUUUCUGAAAAGCUGACCACUUUGAAAAAGGUUAAGGAGGAGCGUCAAAGUCAGAUCUGCAGAGAGGAUGGAGGGACUGGAGAAAAGGUUCCAGACGAGUUGAUAUCACCUGGAUCUACUGGUGCAGUUCUUCAGCAGAUACAGGAGUCCACCACCGUGCUAAGACAAAUAGUGAGCUCUGCAGAUGGUUCUCAUGCAGGUCUGAAGGAGGAGUUUUACGAGGCUGCACGGGGGGUCCUCCUCUGCCUGGACUCUUUCACUGGCCUUCUGCUGACGCGUGACAGCGCUGGUGAGGAUGAAUCCCAUUUGAGGCUGCUGCAGCAGGAGUGUGUAUCAGCUGAGCUGUGUACCCUGUCUCAGCUGAUGAGUAAAGUGGAGUCAGAGACCAGGCCUGCACUUUCAAAGGAAGAACCAGAUGCUUACAGCUGUUUGACCUGCCUUCAGGAUUGUCUUCAUACGGCCCAGCUGGCCUUGACUUCCUCCCACAAUCAGCUUAUUGAAGAUCCAGGCCUCAAGGACCCGUGUCAGGAGCUCUCCUCCAAUCAGCUGUGUCUUCUGAAUGAGUUUGAUUUUGGACAGAGUCAAAUCUUUCCAAAUCUAAAGGAUACUCCUUCUUUGGAGUGUGUGCUGGGCAGACAUCUGAGGGAAAGUCCAGGGGAAAAGGCCAAGCUACAGCACAGUUCUCGGUCCUUGCUUCAGGGGAUAACGCGGCUCCUGGAAUUGGGUGAAGAAUGCACAAGAGAAAGAAAGAUGAGCCAGGUUCAGAGCCGCAGUAAACUUCAAGCUGUUCUCUGCAGAAACAAGAAGCUCAUGCAGGUCCUCCGGUCCCAGAUGGCUUUUGUUCAGUAUCUAUUCCAACAUGAGCCAGAAGCACUCAAGUGUCAAGAGGAUGAACGGGUACAGCUGGAAGUCAGGGCCAAAUCACUCCAGCAACAGGCUCUGGAACAGGAAGUAGCUUCUCAAAGGAGGCUUCAGGAGUGGACCCGCUGGGAGGAUAAUUGUGGUCGAUUGGGGAGAGUGCUGGAUGAGUCUGAAGCCUUCAUCAGCAGAUGGGAGCCAGAGGGAGAUGAUGAUAAGGAGGAGCUAGUGCAGCACAGACUAGAUGCCUGCCAGAAAAUGCUGGUCCAGCUGGAUGACAGCAAAGCUGCUUUAGGAGUGAUCCUGGAUCAGGGGAAGGUCCUGCAGGCAGAGCCCCUGUUUGCUGCCUCAGCCCAUCAAGCAGGCGGCGCUCUGGAGCUGCGCUGGAAGAGCACCUACAGGCUUACGGAGCAAGAGAUUCAGCACUGCAGAAACAUCCAGGACGCCCGAGUCAGAUUCCAGACCAAUUUUGACUCGGUCAGUGAAUGGCUGGCUGGUGCCAACGAUCACCUGAAGACUUUGUCAGGUCUGGCAGAUACUUCUGACGUGAAUCAGGAGUGUGUUAAAAGCAGUCUCAUCAAACUGCUGGACUUCUCCAUGGAGUUAGAAGGCAUGUCUCUGCUGAAGGCAUCUGUAUCCAAGGAUGCUGCUCAGCUCCUCCAGCUGAAGGAGGCUGACUGCCCUGGACCGAGAACUCAGCUCACCCAACUGGAGAACAGCUGGAACCGGCUAACCUCUGACAUGUCAAAGACACAAGGCCAGCUGCAGCAGUGUCUGCUGGCAGCACAGCCAUCGGCUGAGCUGCUGUGUGACCUGGAGGACUGGCUGAAACAAAUGCAGAGCUGCAUGAACCAGGAGAAGGAAAAAGCCCUCAAGGCCAGCAAUGCAGCUCAGGUCACUAAAAUCCUGCAGCAUUUCCAGGCAUUCAAAGCAGCUGUGACAAGUGGACAACUCCACCUUGAUUUCCUGUGUCAGCCUGGGCCUCAGAUGGCGGACGUCCAGGCGCUCCGCUCUGAACGCACAAUGUUCGCAGAGAAACUCGGCGCCUUCAGGCUGCAGUGGUUGCACGUCCAGAGGGAGCUGGAGAGUCAGAUAGUGUACAGUGAAGAGAGACAGGAAAGUGGGGAGAGAGAGAUAGGGGAAGACACGCAGGAAAGGCCCACAGGUCGGACACGGACCCGAACCACCUGCACUACAGCCAUGUGGUGUAUAUGUUCACCUGCUCACCCACUGAGCCACCCUUUGAAACAGAUUUUUGAAGUUGGACACUGUUUGACUUUCCCUCCUCAGAUUUCUGGCGCUGAGCAGAUACAUAGCACUUGUGCAGAAAGGGAGAGGCGUUUGCAGUGUCUUCACGUCUGGAUAGAGCAGCAGAAAAAGCAGCUGAAUCAGUGGAAACAGCCCACCAGCCAAACUCUGGCUCAAAAGGCUCUGCUGGAGUGGGAGGCUCUUCAGGGUGGAGUGAAGGAGGUGGCUACAGCUCUGCGGGAAUUAAAAACCACACGAGUGCAUGAGAAAAAGGAAGAUGAACAUCCAUGUGCCUUUUCUAAUGAGGCAGAGAGUGUCAGUCAUGCUUGCAGGGAUCUUAGUCAACAGAUCGAAGUUCUGAGACCUGCUCUUCAACAGGUUGUGGAAAAGUGGAGCUGCUUCCACAGAGAUCUGAGGGAUGUUACUCUGCACACCACCAGGGUGCACUGUGCCUUUCAGCAUCAGCAAGCUCCUCUCUUCUCACUCAAGCAGGCAGAGGGAUACAUGGACUUCCUCCAGCAGCUUCAGGAGGAGGCUGGAAAAGGAGAAGCACUUUGGGCAGCUUUGGACAAAUCCUGUCAGAAUCUCGUAGGGUCUCUCCAUCACGGAGCAGCACAGGCACUACGUGACGAAGUGGAAGGAGAACGAAAACGGUGGAAGAACAUGGUGCAGGAGAUAAAGGAUGAAAACAUAAAGACUGGAGAGACACUUUCUCUCUGGCAGGAGUACACCGGCCUCUCCGAUAGCUGCUCUGCUCAGCUGGAACACCUGCUGCAUGAGUGGGAGGAGCUAUCGAGUUCUUCACUUACACCUGGACAGGACACUCAAGGCCUAGUUUGUUCAGUAAAGAAGUUGGAGGAUGCGGCUAAAGAACUGCAAAGCAGUAUGGGAGAUGUGUUGGCAUCAUCCAAACCUCUUAUUGGAUGGCUAGAACCUCUACCUGCAAAUUUAAUCCAAUCAGAAACCAGACUGCUCUCGCGUGGCAUCCUGCUGCUGAACAAGGCAGUGUCAGGGAAAAAGAAAAGUCUCCAGGAGGAUUUAGAGCAACUUAAACUAUUUCAUACUCAACUGGAGGCGCUUGAAAAGCAGACACAGAACUUACAGGAUAAACUACAGGCUGGCAUACAUGACACAGACUCUGUACAGCAGGUACUCCAGGAGCUCAGCGAAUCGCUUCCAUCACUGCUGGACCUCAGAGAGAUGAGUGGCUGCGUGAGCCUUAACAACCAGGAGACAGAGAGACUGCACAUGCUCAGCAGGGAGUGGGUCGAAAGCAUGACUCGUACAUCAGACAGAGAGCUGCAGGCUGAGUGCCAGCGUUCUCUGAGCUUUCAGGAGAAGAGUAGGAGACUGACACAGAUCAAGGAGAAACUGCAGCAGGAAUCAGUGUGCAGAAAGAAUCAGAGUUAUUUAAGCCUUCAGGAGAUGCUCGCUGUCCAUCAGAGGCUUCAGGCUGACAUUACCGUUGGACAUCAGCUUCUGCAGGGUCUUCUCUGUGACGCAGUCACGUCCAUGGAAAAAGAAACAGGAGAGAAAAGAUCUGAGCUUAUGGCGCAAGUGGUCUGUUUGAAUGAUGGCUGGUUCAGCUCUGUGGGUCUGGCUUGUCAGAACCGAACGUUAACAAAGGAACAGCUGCGCCAGUGGAGAAUCUACAGUUGUGGCUUAAGACGUCUGUGGAAGCUGGUGAGGGACGCCGACUCGUUACUGCCCCCAACUGGGUGCUUUCUUUGUACGCUGGAUCAGCUACAGAACUGCGUGAAUGAUUACCAGUGUGUUACAGAGUCCCUGGAUCUGCACUCCACUGUGUACACCCAGACACUGGAGGCUGGGAGACAUUUGUGUGAAACAAUGACAGACUCAGAGUGUCAGAGUCGACUGCAGUCAGAGCUUCAGGCCAUAGAGGAGGCCUGGGAACGAACCACCUCACUGCUGAGGGAAAGAAGAGACCUAGUUCAUACCACUGUUAAGAUGUCGUGUCAGUGUCAGGAAGGAAUCAUCAGGAUAGUUUCUGAGCUGGACAAGUUGAAGCUGAAACAACAGACGUCUGAAAGACCAGACGACUCCGCGCUUAUCCAGGAGACUGAGCUCUCUCUGCAGCGUUUGAAUACCCGUUUGAGGGAAUUGGCCACCAUGAAGACGGACCUGUCCCAGUAUGUCGCGGCCAGUGACUCGGCUCUGCUGGAGCAGCAGCUGGUGCAACUCCACAGUCAGUGGGAAGAGCUGUGUAUGAAGGUGUCCUCGCGCAAGCAGGAAAUCGCUGAUCGUCUCAAUGCUUGGACCAUCUUCAAUGACAAAAACAAAGAGUUCUGUGACUGGCUGAGUCACAUGGAGAACAAAGUGUGCCACUGCGGAGAUCUGAGCAUCAAGGAAAUGGUGGAGAAACUGAAGAAGGACUGCAUGGAGGAAAUUAACUUGUUUAGUGAGAAUAAAAGCCACCUGAAACAGCUGGGAGAGCAGCUGCUGCUAGCUAGCGAUGAGGCCAAGCAGACCCAGGUCCAUGAGUCGCUGCAGGAAGUCAACCAGCGCUGGCACAACCUCUUCCACCAAAUCGAAGCCAGGGUGAAGAAGCUGAAGGAAACUCUGGUGACGAUGCAGCAGCUGGAUAAAAACAUGAGUAACCUCCGCUCGUGGCUUUCUCGCAUCGAGGCCGAGCUGUCGAGACCCAUCACCUACAGCGUCUGCCACGAACAGGAGAUCCAAAGGAGGCUGGCAGAGCAGCAGGAGCUGCAGAGGGACAUUGAGCAGCACACGGAGGGUGUAGCAUCCGUGCUCAGUCUGUGCGACGUGUUGCUGCGGGAUGAAGAUGCUGCCGGUGGCGCUGAGGUGGAGAGCGACUCCCUGCAGGAAACCAGCCGCAGCCUGGACCAGCGCUGGAGGACCAUCUGUGCUAUGGCUCUGGACCGGAGGCUCAGGAUUGAGGAGACGUGGACACUCUGGUGCAAGUUCCUCGAUGACUACUCCCGAUUUGAGGAUUGGCUGAAAAUGGCUGAGCGAACUGCUGCCAACCCCAACUCAGCUGAUGUCCUUUUUGCUGUCGCCAAGGAGGAGCUCAAGAAGUUUGAGGGUUUCCAAAGGCAGGUUCACGAGCAGCUGACCCACCUUGAACUGGUCAACAAUCAGUACCGCCGGCUGGCCAGAGAGAACCGCACGGAUCGAGCCAGCCAGCUCAAAGCAAUGGUACACGAAGGCAACCGGCGGUGGGACGCACUGCACCGAAGAGUGGCCGCCAUCCUCCGCAGGCUCAAGCAUUUUACCAGCCAGAGGGAGGAAUUUGAAGGGACCAGGGAAAGCUUGGUGGUGUGGCUGACCGACCUGGACCUGCAGCUCACCAACGUUGAGCACUUUUCAGAGAGUGACGUCCAUCACAAAAUACAGCAGCUCAAUAGUUUCCAGAGGGAGAUCACCCUGAACACUGAGCGCAUUGAUGGACUGAUUGUGUUUGGAGAGGGUCUGAUCCAGAAGAGCUCACCGCAGGAUGCAGAAAAGAUAGAGGAGGAGCUGGAGGAACUGCACUCCUACUGCCAGGAAGUUUUCGGCAGACUGGUCCGCUUCCAUCAGCGCCUCAGCCAACCCCCAAUGAUCACGGAAGAACCAGAGCUAUCUGGUACCACCUUUUCCCUGGAGUCCAGCUUGGAGCUGAUUGGCCGACCGUGGCUAGGGCGGAGCCUAGGAAGUCUCCCCGCCACACCCACCCACCUGCUGUCCUCUCCUCUGGAGCGUUCAGGGCGGGAGACGCCGGAUUCACUGCCUUUGGAGUGGGACCACACCGUAGAUGUAGGAGGGUCGUCAUCACAUGAGGAUGAUGAGGAAGAGGAAGGGCAUGAGGAAGAGGCAGCUUAUUUCAGUGCACUGUCAGAGGCGGAGUUGACUGAAAACCAGGAGGAAUUUAUCGAAGCCUCAGAGGCCCCGCUCGCCUCUUCAUUGGUUUCAGGCAGGUCUGUAGUCGUACAUGAGACUUCAAGAUGGCCGGCACCAGGAGACAGAGACACUCAGUUUGACACAGAGGGGGACACUGAGGCCACACCCACCCUGACCAGCACCCCUCUAAAGCCGGGCUAUCUGCAUCUCAUGUCUCAGUGCAGCAGGAGCAUCGAGAGCAUUAACCGAGUCUCGCUGAUCCUGGAUGACGAGGAGCAGCCGGAGGAGUUCGGUCUCACAGGACUGGCUACCUCAGACAAACAGUCAGGUGUGAUUGAACGCUGGGAAUUGCUCCAGGCUCAGUCCAGGUGCGGUCAGCAGGCCGGCCCUGAGGAACCUGAACAGCUCAGAUGUGAUCUCGACAACAUCACUUCCUGGUUAGAAAAUGUGAUCCCGCAGCUGGACCGCCUUCAGAAGUCUGACCCAGCGGCCAGUAUUGAGGAGAUGGAAGCCAGAGCUAAAGAACUAAAGGAGAUGCAGAAGAUGUUUACUCACUACAAGUCGAUCAUGCUGUCAGUCAACCUGCGGGCCGGGGGAGCUCCAGAUGCACAGGAGAAACUGAUGAGUAUGAACAGAGACUGGAGCAGAGCAUGUACGGCCCUCCAGCAGUGGGACACCAGCCUGAGGAAGAAGCUCAUGCAGUGCCAGGAGUUUCAUGAAAGCCUCCACUCUCUGCUGCUGUGGCUGGCUCACGCAGAGAGCAGACGCUAUGCAGUGGACAUCAGCCACCCAGACACGACUCUCACAGCGCUGCAACAACACAGCAACACACUCACUGCUCUGCAGAAGGAGCUGCGGGACAGGCAGACUCAUCAGGCCUCCCUUCAGGCUCUGUGGUCUCAGCUCCAGCCUGAAGACGGGGCCGAGGAGAACGAUGAGGCCCGGGAGAAACUCCACGUGACGGGCAGCAAGCUGAAGAUGCUCCUGAAGCAGGUGGACACGGACCUCAUCGCCCUGCAACAACGUCUGGACUGUGAAUCUGCAACGGCUGUCCAAUAUCCAAAUGUUUCUCAGGAGGCUGAACAUCCAAAGAAAGGCUCCUCCACUCAAAGAGAGAAGAGGGAAUCCUCUCCCCCUCGAUCCUUCUUCUACCGCGCCCUGCGUGCCGCCUUCCCCCUUCACCUCCUCCUGCUGCUCUUGCUCCUCCUGCCCUGUCUGAUUCCCAUGUCGGAAAUCGACUCCAGCUGCACUGUGACCAACAACUUCGCCUGGUCCUUCUACCCCAUGUUACAUUACACCAACGGCCCACCGCCCACCUGAUUGUAAUGUUCAUGAGAAAUUAGAAACUUUCUAAACAGUACAGAGAAACGUGUCACCUUUUGUCGUGCUUAAUCUUCCAAAGUCCAAAAUCUGUAAUACAUUUCCAGUGAAGUACAGUAACUGAUCAGUCAUUUCAUUAUCUUAUCCAAUGAGGUAACAAGUAAAUAACAGCGUAAAAAAACUACAUGUAAUGAAUAAUUGAGUCUAAAGAUGAUGAGGCCACAGUGGAUUUUCACACUACACUGAACUACAGAAGUGAAGCCAGUGCAGAAGUGCCUUAAACCUGAAUUCUUUCCAAUGGUGGCAAAAAGCAGUCAGUUUAUAUAGAAGUGCAUGAAAAAGUGAGCCCGGUGAUCUUGAUGAGUUUCAUUCAUUAGUUUCAUGUCAUUAAACAGCACGAUGCUCAUUUUAUACAGAAAGGGUCACACUUGGAGUAAAGCAGACAUUAAAGCUGCGUCACUGACAAGCGGCUCAUGUAUGAGCGCGCAUCGUCUUCUUUUUUUUAAUCCAGCCAGUCAUCGUGUUUUUGAGAUUCGCUUGUUUAUAUUUCGGUUACUUCAUGAACUCUUCCCAUUUCAUUUUGUCUGUUUUCCUGCCUGCAAGACUGAACUUCACAGAAGAACACUGAAUGUUUUCUAUAAAGCUGAAAGUCCUUUUUUUUAAAAAAAAAACAAAAAACACUUGCGUGUAUACUGAGAUUUUUGUAGAUGUAAUUUUGUCUUGAAUAGACUGUGAGCAGACAUUUCCACACCGUCUCUUGCACUGUUGAAACACCGUAGAUUUAGCAUAAUGUUUAUGUACAGAAUCUAAUAAUAUAAUGCUUAUUUAUAACUUCAAAAGGUGGAUUUAUAAGCCUCCCUUUUCUUGUAGUAAAAAAUGACUGUUUUAAACUGA